GCGACAACAUGUCUGAAGGCCAAACGAGUCCCAGGUGGACCCUCGAACAAGCUCGUCGAGAUGUUGAGGCUCUCGGAUCUCGGGCUAGAGGCAGCAUCUCCAUUCCAACAGUUUCUUCCACCUCGCAUACUGCAAAGCAAGCCCUGGUCUUCAUCAUUCCGAGUCCGAUUCAAAAUAUCCUCUACCCGCCAGCCGAGCCAGCAUCUGCCGUCCCUCAGAGACCAACAGCAUGGGUAGACGGUAUGCGCGGUAUUGCAGCAUUGUUGGUGGUCUUCUAUCAUCUCUCGUAUUCGACAUUGGAUGUCUAUACCGGCUGGAGCGAAGGUCAUUAUGACUAUUUACGCCUUCCGUUUAUCAAGGCCUUGUACAGCGGUACCGCAACAGUCUCACUCUUCUUCGUUCUGUCGGGAUACGCUCUAUCUUACAAGCCGGUCAAACAGAUGCGCAGCGGAGAGUAUGACGUACUGUUUUCUGGCCUCUGUUCAUCUGUCUUCCGUAGAGUCGUCCGAUUAUUUUUACCUUGCGUGGCCUCAACAUUCAUCAUUGUGGUUCUUGUUCGUCUGGGAUUCUACAGCCGCACCUACGAGUUCGCCAAUGAUGCCAAUCGCUUACCGGGUAUCCGUGAACAUCAUGCCAACCGGUACAACACUAUAAUCGAGCAAAUCUGGGUUUGGCUCAAAAGUUUUGCAGGUUUCAUGAACCCAUUUGCAGAGGCCGGGAUUGGAAAGAGUGUUUAUUUGGAUGUCCAUCUAUGGACGAUUCCUGUUGAAUAUCUUGGACUCUCUCGCCUAAGGCCCAUUCUUCGCAUGCUAGGUCUAGUGUGUUUGCUCUGCUGGACACACCGCAUAGAUCACUGGACAAUGACCCUCUUCUAUGGUGGAUUUUUCAUGGCCGAGUUAGAUAUCCGGCGGAGCACUGCAGAGUCUUCUCACAAGACCGACUCCAAUAUCGCGUUAAAGUGCCUCUGGUCCGCUUUCAACAUUUUUAUCUUUAUGGGCGGAUUGUUCCUAGCAGGUCAGCCCGAGAGAAACACAGAAAACACCUACAUCUGGUCCACAAUUAUGACCCUGGUACCCGGAUACAUCAUUGACAGCUGGAGAUAUUGGACAACCUGGGGAGCUCUGUUGCUCGUCUAUUCAACUUCCAACGACAAGAUAUUGCAAUGCCUAUUCACAAACUGCGUAUCGCAAUACCUCGGCAAAAUAUCGUUUUCCUUGUAUCUGGUGCAUGGUUUCAUCAUCCACACUCUGGGGUAUAGCUUGCUGGAGACGUUUUGGAGAAUCAUUGGCGAGGAUAAAAAAGAGACUUGUUUUGUCCUGGUGGCGACUUGUGUCGUGACGACAGCCAUUUGGUUGGCCGAUAUCUUCAUGCGGUUGGUAGAUACACCAUCUGUCAAAUUUGCGAGAUGGCUCGAAGGCAAAUGUGCUGCGAAGAAAACAACGGAAAUCAAGGAGGAACCUGUGUGGCGAGAUGCCAGCACUCUUGUA